GAGGAAUCGGAGGAGGGGGAGGCGCGACAAGCAGCUCAGCAGUCACGGCGGCUGUUCUUCGGAGAGCAGGCGUGUGGCCCUUUCCCCGCCUUCUUUCCCUUCCCCUCCCAGUGAGUGAUUCAAGCCGUGCGCUUCCCACUUCCGCCCCCUCCGCCUGCCAUUGGAACUAGCAAAGCCGAACAAGUUGGGGCCGUCGAACAGCUGGCGCUUCCCUUCCUCCUCCUCUCCUCUUCUUCUCUCCUUCCCUCUUCAUCCCUGGCCGCCGCCGCCGCCGCCGCCCGGAGGCCUAGAAACCGCAAAGCCCCCAGCCCACGCCGCGGCAGACAUGAGCUUCUUGUUUGGUAGCCGCUCCUCUAAAACAUUUAAACCAAAGAAGAACAUUCCAGAGGGUUCUCACCAGUAUGAGCUCUUAAAGCACGCAGAAGCCACACUUGGUAGUGGUAAUCUCCGGAUGGCUGUCAUGCUUCCUGAGGGGGAAGAUCUAAAUGAAUGGGUUGCAGUGAACACUGUGGAUUUCUUCAAUCAGAUUAAUAUGCUUUAUGGAACAAUCACAGAUUUCUGUACAGAGGAAAGUUGUCCGGUGAUGUCAGCUGGCCCAAAAUAUGAGUAUCACUGGGCAGAUGGAACAAACAUAAAGAAGCCUAUUAAGUGCUCUGCACCAAAGUAUAUUGAUUACCUGAUGACUUGGGUUCAGGACCAGUUGGAUGAUGAGACAUUAUUUCCAUCAAAAAUUGGUGUCCCAUUCCCGAAGAAUUUCAUGUCUGUGGCAAAAACUAUACUCAAACGCCUCUUUAGGGUUUAUGCUCACAUUUAUCAUCAGCAUUUCGAUCCUGUAAUCCAACUUCAGGAGGAAGCACAUCUCAAUACUUCUUUCAAGCACUUUAUUUUUUUUGUCCAGGAAUUCAACCUUAUUGAUAGAAGAGAACUUGCACCACUCCAAGAACUGAUUGAAAAACUCACCUCAAAGGACAGAUAAAAGGACGCAGAGCUGUGCAAAUUGUUCCUCAAAUGAAGUGUGUGGAGUUUAUUUGGAUUUGGUUGUGUUUUAUUUUUAUCUCGGUCAUUUUUGUCAUAGGUUUAGGGGGCUUGUUUGGGUUUCUUUUUCUUUAUUCUGAGUAAGUGAAACCAUAUUCAAUUGCUAGAGGAAGCCAAGAACCAUUCUCUGUAAAUUUGAUAGGGGUAAGUUUUGUCUUAGUGGCAUAUGGUGGUUUUUUUUUUUUUGUUUUUUUUACUUGGUUUGCUUACUUGCAGAAUUUUUGAUAAUACUGUGUGCUGAAAGAAAACGCUUGCUGAUUGGACUGAUGACAGUUGGGGGUUCUGUGUUGUGUAAAUUGUGGCCAAUUUCUGAAGUCCCCAAAAGACUUAUGUUUUUAAGUGCCUUGGUAGGCUCACUUCUGAGGUGCAAAGCACAGACAUAGAACUGAACAGGGCUUGAACAAUAUUAGGAUUACUACCCAGGGCACUUACUGAUGCAUGUUUUAAAAUGUCUAUGAUAAAAGCCAUAGUUUACCAAAAUUGGUGAUCUCCAGCUUUUACUACAUUAAAGAAACACAAUUUGUAAAGGUGUGCAUGUAGAACGUACAAAAUUAGUAUUAAUUAUUUUUGAUAUUGAUGGUAAUUCUGUUCAACAAAUGUUUAAAGUUCUACAAGCAGGUCUUUCUUCCAUCUCUUGAUAUCUGUGAUAUUGAAACUAAAGGAUGUUGAAGUGUAAUACCUAUUGCAUUUUAGCUUCUUUCUACAUGUUAACUGCACUCUAGGUGUAAAAAUUCAGGUUUUAUAUAGGUUUGCCAUCUUCAGAGGUGAUGCUGAACUGUGAGGUUUCUUAGCAAUUGCCAAAUGAGCCAUAAGUCUAGAGAAUUCCCUUCUACUUUGAAGAGGAGGGGAUGGAUAAGAGUAUGUGUUUGGUUGGGAGGGUUUGUUUGUAUGGGGAGCUAUAGAUGGAAUUGUAUGAUGAGUCAAGUUCAGAAAGUCUUGUCUUAAAAUCCUUGAGUAGAGUGGCAUGAAGUUUUUAACCAAUUUCUUGUAAACAAAGUCUUAGAGACUUCCUUUUAGGAAUCAACUUCCAUGAGAAGUUAAACAUAAAUUAUUAAUUUUAGGUGUAGACAUUAAACAUGGAAUUUAAGGACUGUUUGGGGGAAAUUGAUCACUCUCCAGCAUUUCCAUUCAGUGAAUGGAGCUGGUGUUUGCCUGUCAUUUUAAAAUGAUACAGUACCCUUCUCUGCUUAUGAUAGGCCCAAUUUGAAGCAUUCUGACUUCUGAUUUUUCUACUGUGAAAGGAAAUCUUUUUCUUUGCAGUGAUAUCAAACAAUGUAAGUGCUAAUUUAGUAGUUAUUAACUUUUACAUUUUAUUUGUCAUGGCUUUCUAGUGAAUUAUUCCCAUAAGUAAAAAGUUCAGAAAGUUAAUUUUUAAAAUAAUUUUAACAUUUUUCACUUCAAUUUUAGUCUUGAGAAGUAUCUUUUUCAGACUUCCUUUUGAUUUUGUCAUUUCUGGUAAGAUCUGUUUCCUUCAGUUACAAAUAUAUAUUCUUCCUUUAGUGUGAAAUAUAUACCUUUUUCCUUGUGGAAUAGAAAUCUUGCUUUGAAAUUAUAUAGACUAAAAAUGGUCAGUAGGCGAGAAUCUAAAAUUAAAUAAAUCAGUCUGUCUUUGCCAUUAACAGGGAGAGCAGUGAUAUAAUUUAAUGCCAUUACAGUUAUGAUGACUAGGAACUGCCUUUUUCUCCAUUUCAUUUCUAACAAUCAUUCUCCAAGUACCAACAGUAGAAGUAAUGGGAGAGCCUGGCAAGUAUGUUGGACGUUCAUUGGUAAUGGUUAUUGAUAAACUGCAGUGAGAAGUAACUGAUGUCCUUAAAAAAAAUAUUUUAUUACCUAGGUAGGUAAUAUCAAUCCCUGUAGGUUGAUUCAGAAAUAAAAUUUGGCAUCAAGUGACAUGGGGUCCUAUUUAUUGAUGAAAAUGAAGCAUGAUUAUUCCAGUAGUCUUCCAUACUGCGUUGGACUUUGUAUCAUCCUAGUAACAAAGGGGUUGCAAAUAGCCAAGUGUAGAAAAUACUGAAAAAUCGUUCUUGCUCUUUUAAGCCUUACACAGUAGUACACUGUAAAAAUGGAAGGAUGUUUCUAUAAAAUAAUGUUUAGUACUAGGCCCUACUUUCCUACUGUGUGUAGAUAGGAGUUUGUUGUCACUGUGUCAGAAUCUCAGGUGCCUGCUUCUGAGUAUUCCUUUAAACAGAGGUAUUAUUAGGAAGUAAGGAGAUAAUGUACGCAUGGAUAUGGUAACAAAGUAGAGAAGUUCUCCCAGGGAGAGGCCUGGCAUUGUACAUGGGGUUACAUGGCCACAGGUAAGGAAACACCCACCAGAGCAUGUGAGAAAUAACCAGUUUAACAAAACUUGCUUUGAUUUGAUUAGUUUCCAUGAGCGUUAAUAAGAUGCCCUUUAUAAAAUAAGGAUCAAAUCCUGGUUUUGUAGCACUUUGCUUAUGAAUGUGUAUUGGAUUCUUCCCAGAUCUCUUAAUUUAGUUUAUAAAUAACCAAGAUAAUGAUUUCCCCCCUGCUCUUUAUACACAGAUUUAAAGCAGAAGUUGGUUUUCUCAUCCACUAAUUAAACCAUAAAAUAUCAAGUAGUAAGUUAACAUAGUAUUAUUAUCACAAUGCUUUGGUUAAGUGUUGAAAUGAAGCAAGUUUUAGGAGUUAUUUUAAAUGAUGGAAAAUUAAUAAUCCAAGAGUGAAAAUCUUUCGGUAAGCAGUAGAUGGUGCUACUGGCUCUCAUUUGCUGACUUGAUUGUUCUGUUUCCCAUAAAAACCAUGCCAUUAGACUUCAUUAAAAGAGUAAGCAUGUGUUAGUUGGCUGGUAGAGGCUUUGGAGGUCAGUUUACUUUACAUCGAAAGAUUUUACAUUGCUCUUUCUACUUGUGUUAUUUGUAAAUGGUAAAGGGUGAGCAUAAAAUGUAUUGGCUGGGAGAAGACAGGUUUAGUGUAUAAUAUAUCUCAGAUUAAGUUACUGCCUGGCUUAUCAGGAAAGAUAAAACACUACAAUCUCUUAUCUUCAGGAAAUACAGAUGAUGUGGAUAUUUAUAUUUUACAUAUAAUCACCAGACUCCAUUUUAUGUAUUAGCAUUUUCCUUGCUUAUGGGAAAAUAGCAAAAUGACAUUUCUUUUAUACCUUUGUGUACACCCUCUCUGAGAGAGGUUUUGAUAACCACUGAAAUGGUGAAAUGUGAGAUACAAUUAUUAAGUUAGUUGUAGGACUUUCUUUUCAAGUAAGUAUGUCAUACCUUAAACAUCCAAAUGAGAGUUGAUCUUCAGAGUGGUUCCUGUGGGAGCAUUAUUCUUUCUAGCUAUGCUUUGAGGGUGUAAUGUUUUUGGAGCAUUUUCAGAGAUGCCUUGAGAAUUGGUUUAUGACUAUGCAAGAAAAUCUAUUUCAUCAUUUUAGUUGCACCGAAGACUUUUUUGGCAGCUUAGUAAGACCUAGCUCAUUCACCAAACUUAACUCUACUUUGCUGUUUUCUUAGAAUUAAACCAUUAGGGAAGUUCAAAAGACUGCCAUAGGCUCUGAAUUUGCAGAAGAGAAUGUUUUGAGCAUUGGUAGCACCAUUUAAUAAAGGAAUAGUUUCCUGAUGUCUCUACUUUGAAGUACACAGUAUCAUUUGGAUGUAUAGGUUUUAUUUAAUUUUUACAAAUUUAGUUUAAUUACCUUAUUGUUAAAUAUAAUAAUUUAAAAAUCAA